AUGGUAGAUGUAGGAAGCCUGUUGCAAAAAUUGGAAAAGAGUGAAAAAGUCGGAGCUGAAGUAGAGCAGAAGGUACAGUUACUAGAAGAGAAAACAGAUGAAGAUGAAAAAACCAUAUUACAUUUGGAGAAUUCCAACAGAAGCUUCUGUGGUGAACUCAGAGAAAUUAAAAAGGACCUUGGUCAGUUACAAGAUAACUUAACAAUUUCAGAAAAUAUGAAUUUGCAAUUUGAAAACCAACUGAAUAAGACAAUCAGAAACUUAUCCACAGUAAUGGAUGAAAUCCACACUGUUCUCAACAAGGAUAAUGUGAAGAGUGAAGAUAAAGAUCAGAAAUCCAAGGAGAAUGGUGCAAGUGUAUGA